UUUUAUGUGAUGGACGUUCCUUGCUAGACACAUAAAUUUUACGAGCAAAAGAGUAAUAAUUCAGAAAAGAGAAGAGAAGAAAUUAUUAAUAUCGUUGUUAAAAGUAGCAGUUAGUUUGUACAGAUUUACGCCGUAACAAGGAAAAAAAAUUUUUGUUAUUACGCAGUCAUUUGGGAGUUGAUAAUUACUACGAUAAUGGGUAUUCAAAGCGAGAGAUUUAUUUGCGAGCUCCCUCAAGAUGUUUAUUGCAUUCUAUGUAGCCAAGUGCUUGAUAAUCCUGUUGAAGUCAUUGAAUGCGGUCACUUUGUAUGUAGCAUCUGUUGGGAAAAAUGGAAAGAAAAUAACCAAACAGUUCAUUUGGACGCUAAAAUCACAACUUGUCCAUACUGUGGCGUAGAUACGAACUUAAACAGAAUACGAAAGUCAAAAUUAACUUGGAAUUUAAUUCAGAACAUGAAUGUGUAUUGUGAGAAGAAAUCCGAAGGAUGCGAGAGUGUUUAUAAAUUGGGUUAUGAUGAUAUUCACAAGACGAAGUGUCUUUAUGCGCAGGGUAUAAACACGGACCAGAUAAAUACGGAGAAAUGCGCAACUUGUAACUUAUCUUCAAACGGAAAACCACACAGUUGUAUAAAAGAAUUACUGCAGAAGUUAAAAUCACAAUCGACUGAGAUUUUGAAUUUAGACCAUGAAAAGAAUCGGUUAGCGUUUAAGUUAACGACAUGUGAAAAAGAGCUUAUUGAAGAACGGAGUGAGUUGGAGGGUCAGUUUUUUCAGGACUCUUUAAAAUACAACAAAGAAAUUCGUGAUUUAAGAACCAGGCUGGCUUGUUUACAAGGAGAACUGGCACGAAAGAAAGGACAGAAUGAAGUCGAGCGCAUAACAAUAGAUUUGGAAAGGGUAAAUGGUAGCCUUGGAUUCAAUAUUAUUGGCGGAACAUCCCAGAAUAACAACCUAUCAAGUGGUAUAUACAUCUCAAGAAUAGUAGAAGGAGGUGCUGCAGAUCAACCUGGCAAGUUACAACUGCAUGAUUGCAUUUUAGAGGUUGACGGAGUAGAUCUCAGAAACGCAACGCAUGAUCUCGCUGUGAACACGUUUCGUAAUUCUGGCAAUCCUGUUAAAAUGGUCAUCCAACGUAUGAUUAAUAGAAAUAAAAAUUGCGACGUUACAACGCAGACGUACGGCGUAGCCUUUGCUGUGACGGGAGAUAGAGAUGACAACGAAUUAAAUAAAAAGGCAACGUCGAGGAGUUUUCAGAACAACAAAUCGAGAUGGUUGACACCUCAUGAAAUUGCUGACUCUGUAAAUCUGUCUUGUAGUGAUGAGGGAGUGGAGCUAGUUAACCAACAAAAUGCAGACCGGAAUAAAGACGAACAUAAGCUGGACUUUUACGACUCGGCAUACGACACUUUACUGACUCAAAAAUCAUUACGCAUGAAAGUCGACAUUUGCGAUAGCAGCAGUAAUACAGUACAAACGACGACAUCACCGGAAAGUUCCGACACUCAGGGCGUCGUUCUCCGUAAAAAAGUAAAUAAGGACGAUAACAGCGAAAAACGUCAUAGUACGUUUUAUGUCAUACCAGGUUGUGAAGAAAACAAUAAUGCAGCACCAGAAAAGGUUUGGGAAGAUGUGCCUUCUGGUAUUCAUGAUGAUGCCGAAUAUGAAUAUGAGUACGAGGAGGUUUGUUUACGAAAAAGUUCAGGUAAAUUUGGAAUGGUAUUAUGUUAUGGUGGAGAUGAAACAGACGUGGCUGUCUAUGUUGGAGAUUUAGAAGAAGAUUCAGUUGCUGACAUCAGCGGUAAAAUUAUGGUUGGCGAUCAGAUUGUGCAGAUCAACGGAACUCGUGUGAGCAACGUGGACCAGGCGUAUACUAUGCUACAAAAUUAUGAUGACAUAAAGUUAAUAGUAGCGAGAGCUGUCUACGAUCCUCGUUCUGAAUAUUAUGAUGAAGCAGAGGAAACUGACCUCGAUUUUCUGGACUGUAUAAAUGAAGAACAAGAAUCUGUAUUUUCAAAAGAAUCAUCUCCACAAUACGCCAGCUCUGUCUCCUCCAACUCAUCUAAUAACCGAAAAGAUAAGAGCAUAGUAGAGAACGAAACUCGUCUGUCGAUAACCCAAAUAACACGAUCCAGGGCGAUGACAUUAUCCCCAGUUGAUAAUUUACCGACCGAAUUUUCUCCGCCAGAAAGACGAGGGCGUAGCGCCACUUUAAACGAUACUAAUUCAAUUGACGAAAAAAUGGAACGCAAACGUAACUCCAGUGCAGACAGUAACAAAAACGAUAAAGAGGCGAAAGACUCGAUGAAAAACUCGUUUAAAAAUUUCAUGAAAAACAAACUCGGUGGUCAUGACAAAAAGGACAAACAACGAAGUAGCUCGCAGAGUGACGACUCGUGCGAUUUAAGUAAAAUCCCGCGUUGUGAUAGCAACUCUUCGAACAAUAGCAACAAAAGUAGAACUUGGUCGACAAGCAAAGAAAAACAAAACGGUAAAGCCCACGAACCAAGUGAGCAAUUAAAAUCAAAAUUAAGGGAACAAAGAAAUCUUUCAAAGAUGAAAGCAUACUUGGAUUCUCCGUCUAUACAUCGUCACCGAAUUAAUAAUAACAUGAUAAUACCACAAAACCAAUUUAGCCCGCCAAAUCAGUUUAGCCCACCAAGUUCAUAUAAUACGCAAGGUCAAUUUAGUUUCACAAAUCAACAGGCAUACCCCGGACACAUGAUGAAUGUUCCAGUAUUCACGCCUGUGAGUACACAACAUGACAUUCCUACGAACUUUGCUAAUAUGAAUUAUAAUACGCACAUGAACCAUCCGUUAAAUAUCAGAAAAAAUAUGACGGCGUCGGUGUCCAGUUUAAGAUCUGCGAUGAAAAACAGUAAAUUGAAUAGUAACAGUAAUACACAGAAAGGGAAAAAACAAGUACAUAUUGACCCGCACCCCGGCUGGAACGAAACAGAACGUCGGGUUUGGGAGGAAUUUAAGAUUAUACAAAGUAUGGAAUCAAAAGAAAAUAAAAACGUAACAGAUCCUUCAAAGAUAGAAGCUGAAUGGCGUGUUCGGCGUUCGAAAGACGGAAAACAUGUGUACAUCAAAAAAACAAACUCUUCGCGAAAUAAGGUUUUAAAGGAGCGUGCGCAACAAAUAAAUGAAGAACGUUGUGGUGUGACCACGGACGAUGACGCGUUUACUGUUUACCAAGGACAAUAUUGGGACCCAAAGCAAAGACGCAGACAACUAAACAGACAUAACGAUCGAAAGAAACGUCUGUUGGAAAAAGCUGCUAUAAAAGCAGCAUGCCAAAAUAAAGCAGAAAAAACUAUGGCCGAAAUGGUACAAAGAAAAAUGACUCUGCCAGGAACAGUUUUUGAUAACUUUGUCACUGUUGAAGAGAUUCUGUCGCAAAGAAAUCGAUCUGGAAUUUUCGAAGGACCUGUACACGUGACUACGAUAUAGUAUUUUGGUUGGUUGUUGGUUGUAAACCUGUAAUAUUUAGUUGAGUUGGUGCUAUUUUAUUUCUAGUAAUCAAGUCAAAACAAUUGUCUUAUUCUUCCAGUUUUCUGUAAAGUUGAAUUUUAUAUCUAGAGAAGAGAAAUCAGUUUUGUAUAUAUUUUAGGAAAAACUACAUUGUUUUAAACAACCAGUUGUAUCUUUCGUCGGCAUUGCUAUUAAGGUGAUAUUUUACCGAACUAUGUCAAACAAGAGAGAUAACUUUGGUUGAAAGAUUUUUGUUCAUUUUUAGGACAUUUUUGUUGUAAAAUUGUGUUAAAUGGUAUAUAUGUAUACACUAAA